GUAAUAGAUAUUGUACAUCGACAGAUUUGAGGUGAGAUUGAAGGGAAGGCAUUUUCGCCCCAAGUUGCUGGACUCGGAAUAAUAUUGAGCCCUUUUAUUCCUAUCUCGUUCGAUUACUUGAGUGAAUAACUCUCGGCGGUUGGGGAUUAUCAAUGGGAACGGAUAACCCGGACAUAAAGCCCGUUUCCCGGCCAUUGCGCGGUUUUCUGAUUUAGUAAUUCGAGGCCUUGUGUGAUUGUGAUUCCGUUUGUGGCGAACCGGUCGGGAGGGAUUUCUUGGUUCAAGUCUUACUGCCUUUUUACUCGGUACUAGUCACGUAGGUUACUGUGUAGUAGUCGUUUUAGUUUCCUGAAUGGGCAUCAGCAUAUGUACCCCCAGUCAUUUUGGUCUAUCAUCUGACAACACAACACAAUGGAUCUUUCUGUUCCGGUCCACUUGGUAGUGUAGAUGUAUCAUCAGUGAAUAGAUGUUAUAUGGUCUAGUAGUCUAGAUACCUGUGUCGAGUGAAGGUCUGCAGUAUGCUAGUUGUAGGGUAUGACUGAUUCAUCAAUAAUGGAAGGCCGUCUAGGUUCAUACCGCAAACGCGCUUCAAAUUCUUCUUUCUCCUUCUUCCUUAUCCUUUGGAUCUGUAAUUACCUGUUAGAAGUGAAUACCCGUAUCCCGUACCUACGAAACAAACCCGGACGGAAGCGGUGGAAGUCGUGCCAAAAAGUCUACCUCACUAAUAAGCGGGACUGGCGAUCCAUAGCUCGAUCGAUGGGAAGGUGAGAAAAAAAGAAAGAAAAAAAGAAAAAGUUUUUAACUUGUAAGAUAGAUACGAGGUUUCCAUUUCCUGCCUCGGUAUUCCGUGAAAUCUCUUAUCCUCUGAGAAGGAUAGGUUUUCCAAUACUUUCCCACUUCUUUCUCAGAUUUUAGGAUGAAUGGAACGACCUAAUUUAACUCGGCUGGGCAUGGAGCAUGGGCAGGAGGAGCCCACUUCCUGUGUCUAGGGAAUGAGACUAUUGUUCAUGGAUAGUAAGAGAAAGGAAGAGCGCUU